CUACGUGCCUUACGCCACAAUAAAGUAAGAGCUCACUCACUGGCAUCAUCUCAGCACCUUUUCACUGCGUUUCGCUUCCUCUUCUCAAACGCAGCAAAUCAACCUCCUCAUGGAUGGCACUAGCAAGGUCAAGAAGGGCGCCAGUGGCCGCAAAGGCGGAGGCCAGAAGAAGAAGGCCGUUUCUCGCUCCGUGCGUGCUGGACUCCAGUUCCCCGUAAGCCGUAUCGGCCGAUACCUUAAAAAGGGCCGAUAUGCCCGCCGCGUAGGUACUGGCGCCCCCGUUUACCUCGCCGCUGUCCUUGAAUAUCUUGCCGCUGAGGUUUUGGAAUUGGCCGGAAACGCGGCUCGCGACAACAAGAAGAACCGUAUUAUUCCAAGGCAUGUGCUUCUUGCUAUUAGGAAUGAUGAAGAGCUUGGGAAACUUUUGGGGAGGGUAACGAUCGCACAUGGAGGUGUUCUGCCGAAUAUUAAUCCGGUGCUGCUGCCAAAGAAGACAGCAGCAAAGGAGCCAAAGGAGACCACGAAGAAGGCGGAAAAGUCUCCUAAAAAGGCCGCAUGAGGUUUCAAAUUCUGUGGUUGUUAGUUGCUACUUGUUCUACCUGUAGCUUUCAGAUAUCACUGCUGUUUAUGGGGAGGCAGGAAUAGAUUAGGCUAAUUCAUGUUGUUUUGUAUUGAAAGUGAAAUCUUCUUUCUUGCCAACCGUUUCUGUUUUUGUACAAGAGAUAUUUCCGUUGUUUUUGUGGUAAUUGAGCACUUUGAAUAGCAAAAAUUAUGGCAAAUCUAAGAAAAUGCCUAUUCUACUUA